UAUUUAUGUCCAAAUAAGAUAAUUUCUUUUCUUUUCUCUUCUAUGCAUUUUCCUCUGUCCAAACGGAAGCGUAAAGGCCAAAGUCGAAGGCCAGAGUCUAAUCCCUUAACGAAAUUUGAACAAAUGGGUUUUGCCGCCCUCGCAUCCGCACCCACCGUCACCCAAUUCACUCCACAUUCCAACACCAGACCAAUACCGCCGCCGUUACACCUAAUCCCAGGUCAAAAUCCCGUUAAUCCGACCUCGAAACCUAAUUUUCCCCUUAAACAGCAAUCCGAUAAAAGUAUUGACCUCACUGUUGCAUGGACGAACUCCAUUUCCCGCCAUUGCCGCAACGGCCAGCUGCCAGAAGCGGCUUCACAGUUCACCCAAAUGCUUCUCGCUGGCGUUGAACCCAAUCACAUCACAUUCACGACUCUUCUGUCUGGCUGUGCGGAUUUUCCCUCACAUGGCAAAUCUUUGGGCCCUUUGAUUCACUCGUAUGUACGGAAACGUGGGUUUGAUACGCGUAAUGUGAUGGUGGGUACUGCUGUUGUUGAUAUGUAUGCAAAGUGUGGUCAGGUAGAACUAGCAAGGUUGUGCUUUGAUGAGCUAAAGAUCAAGAAUUCAGUGUCUUGGAACACAAUGAUGGAUGGAUACAUGAGGAAUGGGGAGAUAGAAGAUGCGAUUGAGUUGUUUGAUGAAAUGCCUGAGAGGGAUGCAAUUUCUUGGACGGUGUUCAUUGAUGGAUUUGUUAAGAAGGGUCUUUUUGAGCAAGGAUUGGAAUGGUUUAGAGAAAUGCAGGUUUCUAUGAUGGAGCCUGAUUAUGUAACCAUUAUUGCAGUUCUAUCUGCCUGCGCAAAUUUGGGUGCGCUUGGUUUAGGCUUGUGGAUACAUCGAUAUGUGUUGAAGCAAGAGUUUAGGGACAAUAUUAGGAUAAGUAAUUCAUUGAUUGUUAUGUAUUCUCGAUGUGGAUGCAUUGAAAUAGCUCGUCAAGUGUUUCACAAAAUGUUGAAGAGAACUUUGGUUUCAUGGAACUCCAUUAUUGUGGGUUUUGCUACUAAUGGGUUUGCAGAGGAAGCAUUAGAGUACUUUGUGCUCAUGCAAAAAGAAGGAUUCAAGCCAGAUGGAGUCAGUUUCACUGGAGCACUUACUGCUUGUAGCCAUGCUGGUUUGGUGGAUAAAGGGCUCAAGUAUUUUGAUGUCAUGAAGAAAGUGUACAAACUCUCCCCCAGAAUUGAACACUAUGGAUGCAUAGUAGAUCUUUACAGCCGUGCUGGGAGGUUAGAAGAUGCAUGGAGUGUAAUAGAAAAUAUGGCCAUGAAGCCAAAUGAGGUUAUCCUGGGAUCAUUGUUGGCUGCUUGUAGGACUGGUGAAAAUGUUGAAUUAGCUGAAAGGUUAAUGAACUAUCUUGCUGAUUUAGAUCCUGGUGUUGACUCCAAUUUCGUGCUGCUUGCAAAUAUAUAUGCAGCAGUUGGAAGAUGGGAUGGGGCAGGCAAGGUUAGGAGGAGAAUGAAGGCCCUUGGUAUCCAGAAGAAGCCAGGGAUUAGUUCAAUUGAGGUUGGAUGUAGCAUUCAUGAAUUCGUCGCUGGGGAUAAAUCUCACUACGAAACUGAGCAUAUUUAUGAAACGCUACAGCUUUUGUACCAUGACUUGAAAUUAUGUGGCUAUGUUCCUGACACCAUAAAUGAUGUGUAUGAAAAUGAUUGAAACACUAUCACUUUCUCACUGAGCUUGCGAGAAAGUUUUAUCAAUAGUUGUUCUGGCAAUAGGGAAUAUAUUAAUAUUUAUAGAUUCA